AUGUCUGAUAGCAAUAGUGAUGUUCAAUCGAAGUCAAAUGCUUUACCACCACAAUCUCAAACUCGUUCUAGUAGUUUGCGAGCUCGAACACCAAGAUCAUCAACAACAGAUCGUAUAUUACAUCGUACAUUACCAAGUCGAUCACCAUCAUUAAGUGCUAAUCGUCGAAGACGAGAGUCAUCAUCACAACGCAAUAGCGGAUUACGAACAUCAACACCUACUUCUAACACCAGUAAAAAUUCCAACACAACAACUAUUCGUUCUCCAAUUAAUAAUUUUCGAUCUAAUGACAAAUUAAACAUUGAUGAUGGUGUUGAAGAAUCAGUAAUGAUCUGUGACGCUGUUGAUGUUCAAGAAUUAUCUUCUGGAGAUCAAUCAGUUAAAGAAAAUAUUAUUCCAUCUAAAUAUCCAUUUGAAAUCGAUAAAAAUUAUCCAAUAAAACAAACAACUGCAUCGGGAAAGAAGCUGGCAAACGAAGUGUACGAAUUAUAUGAACAGCAACCCAAUGGAACGUAUAGAUGUACUCUAUGUAUCGACAAAAUAAUCAAACAAAAUGGUCGUGGUACAGCUAAUUUACGAUCACACCUUAUUUUUCAUGGUUUAAAGAAGUAUGCUUUCGACUCUCAAGAAGAACAGCGUAUUUUGAAAUCAAAUGAAGUCUCAGCUAAUCUAUUGCCUGCAGCUCGCAAACAUCAAAUCGAUCAAGCAAUAUUAAAAUGUACCAUUGAAGCUGGUUUGCCGUUCAAUUUAUUUUCUCAUGAUGCAAUUAUUGAACUUUUGAAUAUACUCGAGCCUGGUUAUAAACCACCGAAUCGUUGUACACUUUCAUCACGCAUUCACGAACAAUAUUAUCAUCAUAUUCUUGAUCUUAAAUCUGUUUUGUCACAUGUUGGACCAAUAGCCUUUACAAGUGAUUUAUGGAAAGAUGUCUCUCAACAACAUAUAAUCUCUCUUUCUCUUCACACAUUUUCUCUCGAUUUUGAAUUUAUCUCAUUACCAUUAUCAUUCCAUCGAUUUCAAGAACAAAAAUUAGCUUCAAAUCUUCAAGCAUUUUUCGAACAUGAGCGAGAACGUUUUGGCUUAGGAACAAGAAUUUUAGCAGGAAUUACAACCGACAAUGGUCCUGAUAUAAAAUGUGCGGCUGCAUCUGGUGUACUCGGUCCUCGGCUCGCAUGUCUUGCUCAUUGUCUAAAUCUUGUUGUUCAUCAUGCUACAUGUUUAUGGCACAAGCCGAAUCCAAAAAGGUCAAAUGGCUACAAUGUUGAAAUAUCAUCCAUGAAACGUCUUCUUGCUGUUGAAUAUCCAAACUUAUGUGGACUUGGUCUUUAUAAUAUACGGGAAGAAAUAGAUGGACAUAUAUUCAAUGUUCAAUUAUUACCAUCUUGUACAUUAAUUACUUAUGAUUAUUAUUAUUAUUAG